UAUCUACCUACUGUAGGAGAAGUAUUAAUAUUGUUAUAAGUUUUGGAGUAAAUUUGUGUAAACAAAUAAGUGAAUGAAUAAGUGUUACGACAAAGAAUUGAGCAAUUUGGUUAUGAAAGGUUAUGAACAUCAACUGAAACGUCGUUUCAUUCCCUGGAAGUAACCCUUGCGAUUAAGACAAUCAGCCACUGUGAAUCCGGUUUCUUAAAAAAUUGCGAUCAAUACUGUUCUGUUGAAUUCUCCUAAGUGAAGCGAGAGAGCGAUGCCGCUCUUCGAUUAUGUUUGUGUAUAUGUACGUGGCUGUACGACCUAUCGCAUAUGAGUUAGAUAACAUGAGUUUGAAUUACGUAGAAUCACAUAUAGAUCAGUUAUAUCGAGUUUAGUCACUUGUAACGAAAAGCAGGUGUUCAUUCACCGGAGGAAUGAAGUAUGCAGACUUCUUUACCAAGACAAACCAUCGGCUGCAUCGGAAAAUGUACUUCUGGACUAAGUAUCGAUGAAUUAGAUCAAAUUACAGAUAAUAUACAUAAAACUCUGACUCAUCCACGUGGAAGGGAGAUUUUUAAAAAAUUUUUGGAACAACGUAGUCUCACGGACAACCUCGAGUGUUUGGCAUUGUACGAAACAUGUACGCAGAUUAUCACAGAAGAGACAAACUUUUCGUACUCGAAAAAGGGAACAACACUGGAGUCGUUAAUCAAGAGUGUUAUGCAAGUGAAAGAAAUGGUUGAAAAUUUGGACGGUGUACAGCAGAUAGACAAGGCAUUUCUAGAACGUUUCAAUGAAACGUUAAAUAGCAAUUCGAGGACUUCUUUACUUAGCAUAUUAGCAGAUACCAGAGAUCGGUGUCGCAAUCAUUUGAGGCACGUUCAUGAAAGUUUCAAACAAUAUGCAUCGGAACCGUGUCCGAUAAUUAAAUAAUUAAUGAACAUAUCUUUUUCUUUGUAUCUUCGUGCCUUUAAAACUUCAUUCGUAUAGAGACAGAAAGUUAUUCUCCAUUUUUUUUAAUGUGUAAAAGUUAGCACAUGUUUCACGUAACAAUCUAUAUAUGUGAUGACGAAUGUCGUGUAUUUUCUGUAUACUUUUACUCAUUGAAGUUGCGAUAUCGUUAUACUGUGAUUAUUUAAAUUAUGUAAUUUAAUAAAAAAAGAAGCAAAAAUUAAAA